AGGCAAGAUGUUUAGAAAACUAAGAUCAGUUUUUUCUAGACCAAAAUUAGCGCCUGCAGUAACAGAUGGCAAGAAUGAAGAUGCCCCUCCACCAUCUAAGGCAUCAGCAGGCCAGGAUGAAAAUACAACAACAAAUGAACCACAGAAAGCAGAGGCCAAUAAUAAAGCAGAACCAGUAUCAAAGCAACAAGCUACAGAAACAGCAAAAGCACCAGAGCCUUCAAAAACCGAAAACUCAACUGAACCAGCUAAGACAACUCAACAGGAAAAGCAGCAACUCCAAGAUGGGAAAGAAGAUGCUAACACACAGAAGCCAACACCUUCAGAUUUCCAGAGAAAUGAGUAUGCUGAGGCCCAGCUUCAAGAGAUUUUAAAAAAAUUACGGGAAAGGGCAACUGUCUAUAAGGAAAAACUGAAUGACCCAGUGCUGUCUUCACCUGAAGGCAGUCCUACAGCUUCACCAAAGAAACCACCCCCACCAAAAGAAGAAAAAAAAGAAGAAAAAAAAGAAGAAAAAAAAGAGGAGGCAGAAGCAAAGCCAGAGGAGGAUCAUUACUGCGAUAUGCUGUGCUGUAAAUUCAAGAAACCUCCACUGAAAAAAUACAUGGAGAAACUGCAGCUACCAGACACCAUAGACUCAUACACAGAUCGCCGUUACGUAGGAUGGCUCAUGCUUGUGACAAUCGCCUAUAAUUGGAAUUGCUGGUUUAUUCCCCUUCGCUAUGUGUUCCCAUAUCAAACCCCAAGUAACAUAAUAUAUUGGUUUGCCAUUGAUGUCAUUUGUGAUAUCUGCUACCUCUGUGAUUUACUGAUUUUCCAGCCCCGAGUGCGAUUUAUAAAAGGGGGAGAUAUAAUAACAGACAAAGUGGAAACAAAGAAAUUCUACCGCAGCUCGGUAAAGUUUCAGCUUGAUGUGAUAUCAGUAUUGCCAUCUGACAUUUUAUACUUCUUCUUUGGAUUUAAUCCAGCACUUAGAGUAAACAGGAUGCUAAAGCAUAACACAUUCUUUGAGUUUAAUGAUCGUUUGGAAGCUAUUAUGGAAAAAGCAUACAUCUACAGGGUCAUUCGAACAACUGGAUACCUGCUGUUUAUCUUACACCUUAAUGCAUGCCUCUAUUAUUGGGCUUCAGACUAUGAAGGAAUUGGCUCCACUAGAUGGGUGUAUGAUGGCGAAGGAAACAUGUAUCUGAGGUGUUACUACUGGGCAGUUCGCAGCCUAAUCACCAUCGGUGGCCUUGCAGAACCACAAACGCUGUUUGAGAUAAUCUUUCAACUGCUGAAUUAUUUCAUGGGUGUCUUUGUCUUCUCCAGUUUAAUUGGUCAGAUGAGAGAUGUAAUUGGAGCAGCAACGGCAGGACAGAACUACUUUCGCUCCUGUGUGGACAAUACUGUCUCCUAUAUGAAUACUUAUUCUAUUCCAAGAUUGGUCCAAAAUCGUGUUCGAACUUGGUAUGAAUACACAUGGGACUCUCAGGGAAUGCUGGAUGAAUCAGAAUUACUGGAGCAGAUGCCAACAAAAAUGCAGUUAGCCAUUGCAAUUGAUGUGAACUUUGCCAUUGUCAAUAAAGUGGACUUAUUCAAAGGCUGUGAUACCCAGAUGAUAUAUGACAUGCUGCUAAGGUUGAAAUCCAUUGUGUAUCUACCUGGUGACUUUGUCUGCAAAAAGGGAGAGAUUGGCAGAGAGAUGUACAUCAUCAAACAGGGUGAAGUUCAAGUCCUUGGAGGUCCUGAUGGUACAAAAGUACUGGUUACACUAAAAGCAGGAGCUGUAUUUGGGGAGAUCAGCCUACUUGCUGCAGGUGGAGGAAAUCGAAGGACUGCCAAUGUGGUGGCUCACGGUUUUGCCAACCUUUUCAUUCUGGACAAGAAAACACUAAAUGACAUCUUGAGGCACUACCCUGACUCAGAAAAGCUUCUCAUGAAGAAAGCAAAGGUGCUGCUGAAGCAGAAGGGGAAACCUCCUCCAGGACCACCAGUGCCUCAACCACGAGGCUUGGCUGGUCUCUUUGGGCAGAAACAGGAAACUCCAAAAUUGUUUAAAGCAAUGCUUGGAGUAAAAGGAAAAGAUGGCCUUGCUAAGCUGCUGCAGCUGAAGAGACAACAAGAAGUUGAGGAAGCUGAAACGGAGACUAAGCCUAAAGAAGAGGAGAAGAUGCCUGAGAAGCCUGCUGCCUCCUCUGCACCCCCUGCUCCAAAGAAAGAGCCAAAGGCAGAUGCUAAGCCUGCAGUUAUGCAGAGACGAGCCAGUAAGGAGUCUCUGAUCAUUAGUAUGUCACCGUCCUCCAGAGCAGGAGAAGGAGAGAUCCUUAAAGUUGAAAUUAAAGAGACACAAAAGAAAUAGAUGAUGCUUUGGGUUGUGGCCCCCUCUAUUGUCUUGCUGAAUUCAAGCUUCUGAAUUCAGGGCUGGUGUGACUUUGCUUUUGGAUACAGAAGAUAAAAGUAGAGACUACCCAUGAGAAAAAUCUACUCCAGCUCCUCUUCUUCUUUCCCUCCUCUC